CGUCACAACAAAGGCGAUGCGAGCUGGCGAGAGCGCACAAAACGCUCAGUUGCAUAAGCGUCCUGAGACGAGAGCGGAUGUGGCCAAUGCGCCUGUGCGCUUCCCAGGCGUAACCAUGACACGUCCGCCCCUUCCUGCCCUCUCCGCCCGAACGGAGCCUAACCGGCGGUUCCCAGGCAGCGCUUAUCCGCUCCUGGCAGGGCACCCCAAUGUCUUGGCCCUGCCUUAUCCCUGGCUUUCACUUCCGGAACUCGGCUGCGACGACAGCUCCGGCAAUUGCAGGCCGAACUCGAACUCGAGCGGCUGGACCACCACACUCCACCGCUUCGCACCGCUCCGCACCACACUGCACCACCACACCAUAGCACAGCAAACACCCCGAAUCUACCAGCAACCACCGACACCAGCAGCCCCAUCCAAAAACAGUCCCAUUCCUUCAGUUCGCGUUGGCGGUAGCCGCCAGCCGCUGCUGCGAUUGCAAAUCAGAAUCGGUAUCAGAAUCGGACGGCAUCCGGAUGCUGCAGUCAGUGCUCCGGGGCAACUGACUGGCAAUGGAAUUCGACGGAGUGCUCGGCACCGAUUAUUCCGCCAGAUGCGAGAGACGGCAGCCACCAGCGCCUAGUUGCCAGCCAUGAUUGUGAUGAGCAUCUGGUGCAGCAGCCUCAGCCUGAGCAGCCGCAGCCUGGCCAUCGCCCUGGUGAUCUGCGUGACUCUGGUCUACUUCUCCUACAGCUUCAAUGCCUGCCUCCUGGCCAGCAUCAGUCGCAGCCUGCAGCAGAGCAACUUACGCAACCUACUGGCGCUGACCUCCUCGCCCCGCAACGAGAGCACUAACGCCGCCAACAACAGCAGCAGCAGCAGCAGAAGCAGCAGGAACAGCUCCUCCACCACCGGUGCACCACCAGCGCAGACGGUGACCAGCAGCCUGGAUGGAGCGCCCAAGUAUCAGCUGCUCCGGCAGCAGGGCCUCCGACCAUCGCGCCACCUGCCCGACACGCUCAUCAUUGGCGUGAAGAAGAGCGGUACGCGGGCGCUGCUCGAGUUCAUCCGCCUGCAUCCGGAUGUCCGGGCCGCCGGCUCGGAGGUGCACUUCUUCGACAGGCACUACCAGCGGGGACUGCGCUGGUACCGCCACCACAUGCCGUACACCAUCGAGGGCCAGAUCACCAUGGAGAAGACGCCCAGCUACUUUGUCACCAAGGAGGUGCCGCAGCGCGUCUACCACAUGAAUCCGGCAACAAAAUUGCUGAUUGUGGUGCGGGAUCCGGUGACGCGAGCCAUCUCCGACUACACGCAGGCGGCGAGCAAGAAGGCGGACAUGAAGCUCUUCGAGCAGCUGGCCUUCGUCAAUGGGAGCUACUCGGUGGUGGACACCAACUGGGGGCCGGUGAAGAUCGGCGUCUAUGCCCGCUACCUGGAGCGCUGGCUGCUCUACUUUCCGCUCUCGCAGCUGCUCUUUAUCAGCGGCGAGCGUCUGAUCAUGGAUCCCGCCUACGAGAUUGGACGCGUCCAGGACUUUCUCGGCCUGAAGCGCGUGGUCACCGAGAAGCACUUCUACUUCAAUGCCACCAAGGGCUUCCCCUGCCUCUUCAAGUCGGAGGCCCGCUCCACGCCCCACUGUCUGGGUAAGACCAAGGGUCGCAACCAUCCGCACAUUGAUCCCGGUGCCAUCGAGCGACUCCGGGAGUUCUAUCGGCCCUUCAACAACAAGUUCUACCAGCUGACGGGCAUCAACUUCGCCUGGCCAUAGGAUCCUCACGGCUGGACGUGAAAUGAAUGGAGUUUGUGAAAUUGAGAUAUUGAGAUAUUGUUGUUGCUGGCCAGGCAACGGACUGAUAUUGUUGAUUGCAUUUUUGAUACAUAUAAUUGUACUUACAUAUAUAUAUAUAUAUAUAUAUAGAAUAUACACACACAUAAAAUUAGUGCUCAAUUAAUUGUAGCUUUAUCAGGAGACAAAUUCAACAAAGUGCGCCCCUUUGAAAAGUCCGCACUCAAACAAUACGGUUCCUCACUCCACAUUACUCAUUCCUCAUUGCUCAUUCAAAUGAAACUCACUCAACUCACUUUUCCCACUAUACUCGAGUAUCAAGCAGUUGGAGAUGGACAUGGUUCUCCCGCCCACUGGGCACACCCAUUGCUAUGUACUACCAGAUUACCAAAUAUACCUAAGAUCAUUAUGUGCAUUUAUAUACAAGAAUAGUGAAAUAAUAGAGCUUACUACGAAAUUCCUACAGUCUCCUAAACAAACAUAUACAAUAUUGUAUGAAUAGUUCCAAGAAUUUCAAUUGCAUGACUCAACCAAUACGAUUGCGCUUAGCCAAUUUCAAUUAAAACACAACCUAAAUAAAUCGACCUUAAAUCUAGUCAACCGAACCGAAA